AUGGUACGCUGUCGACCCGAAGCCAAGCUGGCACCCUCUGCACCCAGCGCAUCCCUUUUCGGCACGCAGGCAGUGGUGUCCAUCUUCAGUGCCCUGCUCAUCUAUUGGCUCACUGCUGGCAUCGCGCUGCUGUUGCUUCAAUACGGGCCGGGACGUUCCUUCUACGAGUUCGGCUCCUCCAUCCUCUCGGAAAUUCCCAUCAACGAGUGGACCAAGAAGUCGGACAACUACUUGAUCGCCACCCUUUUCCUGGUGAGCUUCACCGUCCUGAUCACCUCCGGCUUCAUGCUGUGCUAUGGGCAUGUGCACCGCCAAUCCGUGAGCAAGAACUGGAGGAUCUGUAUCUUCUAUGCCACGGGUAUUGUCUUCACAUUGGCGCUCGCGUGGGCAAAGCCUGGGGACUUCAGCUGCACUUUCCGCAUCAACUGCGACACCGUGGCCUCGAAGCGAAUGCGCAUCCCGCUGAUCAGCAAGCCUGUCGCGGGCGUGAUUUUUUCCUGCGGCAACGUGGGUGGCUGCUUCCUGGGCCCACAGAUGGUCAGCUGCAAGAGCGAG